AUGUUUCGCUGGCGCGUGCGUCGCAGCUGCUUCGCGACGGCGUCAGCAGCAGCGGCGCCAUCACGCGCGUGGGCGCCCAUUGAGGCGAAAUGGCAACAGCGAUGGGCGAAGCAGAAUCUGCCGAUGCGCGAAAGUCAGGACGCGAAGCAGCAACAGGAGCAGCAGCAGCAGCAGAAGACGACGGCGCCGAAGACGCCCUUUUACUGCCUCUCCAUGUUCCCAUACCCGUCUGGACAGCUCCAUAUUGGGCACGUGCGCGUGUACACGAUCAGCGACUGCAUGGCGAGACUCAAGCGGAUGCAGGGAUACGACGUGCUGCAUCCCAUGGGUUGGGACGCGUUUGGACUGCCAGCGGAGAACGCGGCUAUCGAGCGCGGCAUCUCGCCUGCAGUCUGGACAGCCGCGAAUAUUGAACAGGCCAAGCAGCAGCUCAAGGCGCUUGGGAUGUCGUUCGACUGGGACCGUGAAGUCACGACGUGUGCGCCCGACUACUACAAGUGGACGCAGUGGCUCUUUUUGCAAAUGUUCGAGAAAGGGCUCGCGUAUCGUAAAGAAGCGCUCGUGAACUGGGAUCCGGUGGACCAGACCGUGUUGGCGAACGAACAGGUGGACGCAGAAGGCAAGUCGUGGCGUUCUGGUGCGAUUGUCGAGCAGCGCUCGCUGAACCAGUGGUUCCUGCGCAUUACCGAGUAUGGCGAUCGACUGCUGGAUGACCUCAACAAGCUGCCCAAGUGGCCGGACUCGGUGAAGCGCAUGCAGGCAGCGUGGAUUGGACGCUCGCAGGGCUCGACGGCAGAGUUCCCGGUUGUGCUAGAAUCUGCGACGACGGCUGACGGUGCUGCUAGGCCAAUGCGUUUGACGGUCUUUACGACGCGAGUGGACACGAUCUUUGGUGUGAGCUUUCUGUCAAUGGCUCCCGACUCUGUCGAAGUGGAGACGCUUCUCCCACACGUUCCGGCAGCACAGUCGGCUGCAGUCAAUGCCUAUGUCAGAAAAGUGCGUGCAAUGAGCAAAACUGAUCGAGGCAAGGGUGACACGACGGCUGGAGUGUUUACAGGACUGUACGCGUGUCAUCCGCUUACCAAACGCCAUGUACCCAUUUACUUGGCCGAGUAUGUGUUACCGCAUUACGGCACUGGCGUGGUCAUGGGCGUGCCAGCACAUGAUAGCCGAGAUCUUGCAUUCGCUCGUCACUACGAUCUAGAAGUGCGCUCUGUUGUAAGGAAUAGCGACGGCGCUGUGUGGAACGGAGACGACGUGUUUACAGAUUAUGGUGUGCUGCACGACUGUGGCGAGUUCUCGGGCAUGACGUCACAGGAAGCAACCACGGCCAUUAACGCUCGCCUCAGUGAUGAGAGCGUUGGUGGCGUCACUACCCAAUUCCGCUUGCGUGACUGGUUAGUAUCUCGCCAGCGCUACUGGGGUACGCCUGUACCGGUCAUUCAUUGCCCAUCGUGCGGACCGGUGGGAGUUCCAACUGAGCAGCUACCAGUUGUUCUACCGCCUGUUGGAGAAGAUGUGGCUCGCGACUUGCGUGGCAAGCAUAGUAGUGGCUCACCCCUCACGCGUAUUCCUGGUUGGCAAGAUUGCAAGUGCCCGCGUUGUGGUGGCGACGCCGAGCGCGACACCGACACACUUGAUACGUUUGUUGACAGCUCAUGGUACUACAUGCGCUAUUGCGAUGCCCGCAACGAUACCGCUGCCUUCGAGCCCGCUGACGCACAAACAUGGCUGAAGCGCAGCGGCGUGGAUCUGUACAUCGGGGGCAUUGAACAUGCGAUUUUGCACUUGCUGUACUCGCGCUUUGUGACCAAAUUCAUGUUUGAUCAGGGGCUUUUAGCUACUGACGAGCCUUUUGCUCAACUGUUGGCUCAGGGUAUGGUGCUGGGGCGGACUCACAAGUCGCCAGGUUCGCUUCGUCCUUUAGCACCGAGUGAAUAUGAAGAAGCAGCGGUAAAUGGUCAUAAGGUCGUGGUGGAGAAGAAGACUGGACUUCCUGCAGUGACUCUGUGGGAGAAGAUGUCCAAAUCCAAGCACAACGGUGUCGAUCCAGAGCAGAUCCGUGCACGUCACGGUGCCGAUGUCACGCGCCUUGCUGUGUUGUUCAAGGCACCACCCGCUCAUGAGCUGGAGUGGGACGAAGCUGACCUUGCCGGUCAAUCGCGCUGGAUGGCACGUAUCUGGUCACUAGUGGAUGGUAUGGUAGCCUGCCGUAGUUCGAAUGCUACGUGUGCUGUGGAUGGGGACGAGGAGCAGAAGCUGCGCCACGAACUGCACGGAACGAUUAAGCGCGUGACGGAGGCGCUGAGUGACUUUCAGUCGUUUAACGUUGCUAUCGCAGAGCUGAUGAAGCUUUCCAACUUGCUUGGCGAUCGCCGCACACAGCUUCAGGGCUCUGCAGCUUACGAAGAGGCUAUACGCGCACUAGUGCAGAUGUUGGCACCACUGGCUCCCCACACUGCUGCUGAGAUGUUUCAGACUCUGGAGGACGGCCUCGACACGGCUGAUGUGCAUGCUUGCUCGUGGCCAGCAUAUGAUCCCAUGCUACUAGACCGUGCUCAGGUGAAGGUAGCAUUGCAAGUGCAAGGCAAAGUGCGCGACACAAUCGACGUGGAUCUUGCCCUGCUGGAGGCGAGGGACUCGGACGCGGUGUUGGCGUUAGCACUGGCCUCUCCUGCUGUGCAUCGCCAUGUGAAAGGCCGAGACGUGCGUAAGGUGGUUUUGGUUCCUCCGAAGAAGCAAGGCGCCCACGGGCUACUGAACAUUGUGGUGAAGUAG